GUCAGGCGUCGACUGCUAGGGUCUGACCGCGGUCCCCGCCCCCGUCCCGCCCCCUGUCCUUCCCUCCGCCCCGCGCCGCGGCCGGCCGGGUCUGCGUGAGUUCGGUGGCGGCCAGCUGUGCAGAGACGCCAUGUACCGGCUCCUGUCAGCAGUGAGUGCCCGGGCUGCCGCCCCCGGGGGCUUGGCCUCAAGCUGCGGACGACGCGGGGUCCAUCAGCGCGCCGGGCUGCCGCCGCUCGGCCACGGCUGGGUCGGGGGCCUUGGGCUGGGGCUGGGGCUGGCGCUCGGGGUGAAACUAGCGGGUGGGCUGAGGGGCGCGGCCCCGGCGCAGUCCCCCGCGGCCCCCGACCCUGAGGCGUCGCCUCUGGGCGAGCCGCCACAGGAGCAGUCUCUCGCCCCGUGGUCUCCGCAGACCCCGGCGCCGCCCCGCUCCAGGUGCUUCGCCAGAGCCAUCGAGAGCAGCCGCGACCUGCUGCACAGGAUCAAGGAUGAGGUGGGCGCACCGGGCAUAGUGGUUGGAGUUUCUGUAGAUGGAAAAGAAGUCUGGUCAGAAGGUUUAGGUUAUGCUGAUGUUGAGAACCGAGUACCAUGUAAGCCAGAGACAGUUAUGCGAAUUGCCAGCAUCAGCAAAAGUCUCACCAUGGUUGCUCUUGCCAAAUUGUGGGAAGCAGGGAAACUGGAUCUUGAUAUUCCAGUACAACAUUAUGUUCCCGAAUUCCCAGAAAAAGAAUAUGAAGGUGAAAAGGUUUCUGUCACAACAAGAUUACUGAUUUCCCAUUUAAGUGGAAUUCGUCAUUAUGAAAAGGACAUAAAAAAGGUGAAAGAAGAGAAAGCUUAUAAAGCCUUGAAGAUGAUGAAAGAGAAUGUUGCAUUUGAGCAAGAAAAAGAAGGCAAAAGUAAUGAAAAGAAUGAUUUUACUAAAUUUAAAACAGAGCAGGAGAAUGAAGCCAAAUGCCGGAAUUCAAAACCUGGCAAGAAAAAGAAUGAUUUUGAACAAGGCGAAUUAUAUUUGAGAGAAAAGUUUGAAAAUUCAAUUGAAUCCCUAAGAUUAUUUAAAAAUGAUCCUUUGUUCUUUAAACCUGGUAGUCAGUUUUUGUAUUCAACUUUUGGCUAUACCCUACUGGCAGCCAUAGUAGAGAGAGCUUCAGGAUGUAAAUAUUUGGACUAUAUGCAGAAAAUAUUCCAUGACUUGGAUAUGCUGACAACUGUGCAGGAAGAAAACGAGCCAGUGAUUUACAAUAGAGCAAGAUUUUAUGUUUACAAUAAAAAGAAACGUCUUGUCAACACGCCUUACGUGGAUAACUCCUAUAAAUGGGCUGGUGGUGGAUUUCUGUCUACAGUGGGUGACCUUCUAAAAUUUGGGAAUGCGAUGCUUUAUGGUUACCAAGUUAGGCUGUUUAAGAACUCAAAUGAAAAUCUUUUACCUGGAUACCUCAAACCAGAAACAAUGAUUAUGAUGUGGACCCCAGUCCCUAACACAGAGAUGUCUUGGGAUAAAGAGGGUAAAUAUGCAAUGGCGUGGGGUGUGGUGGAAAAGAAACAAACGUAUGGCUCUUGUAGAAAGCAACGGCAUUAUGCUUCACAUACUGGAGGGGCAGUGGGCGCCAGUAGUGUCCUGCUGGUCCUUCCUGAAGAACUGGAUACAGAGACUAUAAAUAACAAGGUUCCCCCAAGAGGAAUCAUUGUUUCUAUCAUAUGUAACAUGCAAUCUGUUGGCCUCAAUAGCACCGCUUUGAAGAUUGCCCUUGAAUUUGAUAAAGACAGAUCAGACUGAUAACCUUAACACCACAGGUGCAAAAUGAGUUGUUUUGAGGUUUUUUUGAAAACAUUAAAGUUCCAAAACAUGAAAUUUUUAAGAAUAAAUUUGAAAUAGAGUAUAAUUGAAUGCAGAGAAUUAUGUACCUCUAAUUGCUUAAUUUUGUAAUGGUCUUUUAUUGUAGAAUUGGUUCUUUAUACUCAGGGAAGUAAUUAUAUUGUUUUUACUUUUUGAAAAAAGUGUUAACUCUUGAAAUAAAAUAUUCUGAUAAAAUA